CGCAGCCCGGUGGCCCCCAGGCCCGUUCGCGUGCUGUGCUCCUCGAUGCCCACCCGCACGCGUGGGUGCCCAUGCGGGCCGCCGUGAGCCAUGCACCAGCUCUUCGGGCUCGUCCUGGCCCAGAAGGACCUCUCACGUGCUGGCGACCUCUUCUCCUUGGAUAACGCCGAAAUCGAAGGGAGCAUCUCGGAAGCUCUCGAACAAAUAAGAAUAAUUAGUUCCUCUGUGGACUACCACACCAAUGACAACGACCAGGCGGUGGUGGAGAUCUGCAUCACUCGCAUCACCACGGCCAUCAGGGAGACAGAGUCCAUAGAAAAGCACGGCGAGGCGCUGGUGGCUCUCUGGGAGUCCUGUCUGGAGCACAACCUGAGGCCUUCGGGAAGAGACGAGGACACCCCACACUCAAAAAUAGCGUCUGAUAUCAUGAGCUGUAUCUUGCAGAAUUACAAUCGGCCUCCAGUAAUGGCCUUAGCUGUCCCAGUGGCCGUGAAAUUUCUUCAGAGGGGAAAUAAGGAACUGUGUAGAAACAUGUCGAGUUAUCUGUCGUUGGCUGCGAUUGCUGAAGUGGAUCUGCUGGCUGAUCACACGGAUGCCAUUGUCAAAAGUGUCCUUCAAGGCAACUCCAUGCUGCUGCGCGUCCUGCCCUCCCUGUAUGAGAAGCGACCGCAGCCGAUAAGCCAGCGCCUGCGGGAGCUCGUGGCGCUCACGGCUCAGCUGGACCAAGCCGAGCACCACCACCUUCUAAGGCUCUUCCAGACGUUGGCUAGGAAGAAAGAACUUGAGGUGCUUAAAGAGUGUAUUCCAUUUCUAAUGAGACACUUAGGAAACCCUAAUUACAGCGACGUUAUUUUAAACAUACUUACAGAAAUCUCUAGCUACAAGCCCACAGCCUUAGCCGCUUUCCUUCCAAUGCUGAAGGAAAUUGGUGAGAGUUUUCCGAGCUUGAUUGGCCAGACGGCCAAGAUCUUCGGAGCUGUUGGGCGUGUUGAUGAGGAGCAAGCCAGAGUGUGUCUGAUGUAUUUGGUGAACCAACUGGCCAACAUGGAGCACUCCUUUCACCAUAUUCUCCUGCUGGAAAUCAAGAACCUCACCGACACCUUCUCUGGCAUCUUGGGCACGCAGAGCAGAGAUAUCUACCGCAUGAGCAACAGCUUCACGGCCAUAGCCAAGCUCCUGAGCCGGCAGCUGGAGCAGGACGGCGCCCCGCGAGCCAGAAGGAAAAUCCAGACAGAAAGUGAUGCCGAAACGAAGCCUGCGGUACCAUUGGAGGAUUUAAAGUCUGUUAUGCACGGAAAAGAAGAAGAUGAAAAGCUGCAAGUCAAAAUCCAGGCUUUUGAAGAAAAAAUAAGUGUUGACAACAAUACUCCUGGCUCCGUGCGCCGAUACAGUUUAGGGCAGGUUUCUAAAGAAGAAAGGAAGGAUAUGAGAUUUAACAGAUCCAAAAGUCUCGCUUUGCAUGCAGUCCGCUUGAAGGGGGCAAGCAUGGACAGUGGACAAGACCAGGAGAAUGGGGACAUAAGUGCUGGUAUCUCCUUCACCGAGAUCUACAUUAGCCAAGAAAAUGAUAAAUUGCCUUUUAGCGUGGAUACUGAAGAAGUGCAACUGGGAAAUUCUUUGGUUUCCCACCAAAGUAUCGAUUGCACAGAAUCGGAAAAUCUGCCAGAGACUGCUAAAGAAAAGGUCCAAGAAGGAAGUACAGAGACAAUAGAGAGUCCUGUGGAAUACCAGGAUAAGCUCUACUUGCACUUGAAGGAAAACCUGGGCAAAGUGAAAGCCUAUGUCACGGAGAUGGGGAGGAAAAUUCCCAUCCCUGAUCAGUGUGUUAUUGAAGAUACUGUUAGAAGUUGCGUGGCCAAGUUGUUCUUCAGCUGUCCCCUGAAGGGCCAUUACUGCCUGUACAGUAAAUCCAGCUUUACCCUCGUCAGCCGGCAGCCUCCGCUGUGGAUCCACAUCAUGUUUCUCUUUCAGCAGAGCCUGUUUGCAGAGCCCUUGUCCACACAGAGCAGUCCCGUGCAGGUCCUGAAGGCCCUGUGGGAGAAGACGCAGCUCAAGGGGACGCACAGCUUCGAAACGGCCAUGAUCCAGUGCACGUUUCCACACCAGAAGGAUCUGGACCAUGUACAGAUGCACCUGGAAGAAGUGAGGUUCUUUGAUUUAUUCGGCUACAGCGAGGAAGCAGGAACUUGGCAGUGUUUUAUGUGCAAUAAUCCCGAGAAGGCAACAGGUGUGAACCAGGACGGGCAGCCUCUCAUCGAAGGCAAGCUCAAGGAGAAGCAAGUCCGCUGGAAGUUCAUCAAGAGGUGGAAAACCCGCUACUUCACCCUUGCUGGCAACCAGCUGCUUUUUCGGAAAGGCAAAUCCAAAGACGACCCAGACGACUGCCCCAUCGAGCUCAGCAAGGUGCAGAGCGUUAAAGUGGUGGCGAGGAAGCGCCGGGACCGCAGCCUUCCUCGCGCCUUUGAGAUCUUCACCGAGAGCAAGACGUACGUGUUCAAGGCCAAAGACGAGAAGAACGCGGAGCAGUGGCUGCAGUGCCUCAACGUGGCCGUGGCGCAGGCCAGGGAAAGGGAGAGCAGGGAGGCCACCACCUACCUGUAG